CCAAGACCUCCCAAACCAAUCUCCCAUCUCGCAACCCACCAUGCAACCACCAACAUUAAACCUGAAACCCGUCGACCGGACCUCUUCCUCGUCGAAACGUCCAGCACGACGACCCGUACCCGACGCUCGCCAGGUCGACCCGAUCAAUAAUGUUCGACCGACGUGGGAGUAUAUGGCGAGCAAGGAUGGAAGGGAUAGGAACUUGAUCAUCAUGUUACACGGGGUCGGUGAUACAGAACGACCGUUCUUUCAGCUCGCCCAGAAAUGGCAACUCCCCGGAACAUGCAUCUUGUCUCUCAGAGGGUUCUUCCAGGUCCCCCUGAUGGACUUCCCCUCAUACUCCUACCUCCCCAUCUCCAUGACCCAUUACCUCUCCCCCGACCCUCCUCCGAUCCCGACUAAAGAACAGCUGAAGGCGCUGCAAGAGGUCACGUUGCCGCUCUUGAAGAAUAUCUUGCGGUACCUCGUCCGGGACUCUAAUCCUAAUCCUAAUCGAAGCGGGAUUGAAAGUGAAAGCGAGAAGGGGAUUGGGAUUGGGAAGGAUAAUACGCCGGUGGGGUGCGGGUGUGGGUGGGACCCGGAAGAGAUCCAUCUGUUCGGAUGGGGAGAGGGGGGGACGAUCGGGUUGGAGUUGGGCAGGUCGUUGGCUCUUUCUUCUUCAUCACCAUUAACAUCAACAUCCACAACAUCUUCGCCGACAACCAAGAAUCAGAAUGGGAAUGGGAAUGGGCAGGAAAAGGAAGACAAGGACAGGGACAGCAAGCGGAUAAACAGGCUAGGAUCGGUCAUCUCCAUAUCCGGGGACCUGUACUCGACCCCGCCUGUCGGAGCAAAAGAUCUCGGAGGAGAAACCCCUGUGCUCUAUUUCCACCGCCCUAGAGUCAAACCUUCCUCUUCAUCGCCUUCCUCCAACUCUUCAAAUUCAAAUGCGGAUUUACCAUCGCCAUCGCCAUCGUGGCUGAAAAGAACGUUCGCCCACCCUCAAACGAUCACCGCCAAAUUCUCUCCGGUCGCUGCGCAGCAGGACGAGAAGGGCAGGGAUAUCCGGAUGCCAGAAGGGAGGGAAGAGUGGGAGGGGGUGAUGAGGUUCUGGAGCGAGGUUUUGGUCAGGCCGGGUAUGGAGGAGACUUCGAGUUCUAUGGCGGGGGAGGUUUAUGAGGUGGUCCGAUGAGGCUGAGGAUGAGAGGAGGAGGAAGGGUCGGGCAGCGGAGCGUCGCAACAGCAAGGAUUAACGAGUAACGA